AUGGCUUCUUCAGAGGUUUCUUUCAAAGGUAACAACGCUAGAGGUGAAAGCUUCUCUUCUGGAUACUGCGACCAGAACGAUGGAGCGGCGGCCAAGGCUUGUUCGACAGUUUCCGGCGGCGGAAAAGGUAAUUCCGGCGGUUUUUCUUUCUUUUCCGGCGAGUUUGCCGUGGAUCCCGAAACCGCGCUUUACACGGAGCUGUGGCGCGCUUGUGCUGGUCCGCUCGUGACCGUGCCUCGUGAAGGCGAGCGCGUGUUCUAUUUUCCUCAGGGACAUAUCGAGCAGGUUGAGGCAUCAACUAAUCAGGUGGCGGACCAGGAGAUGCCGGUUUAUAAUCUUCCUUCGAAGAUCCUCUGCCGUGUGAUCAACGUCCAAUUGAAGGCUGAACCGGACACCGAUGAGGUUUUUGCGCAAGUGACCCUGCUUCCUUUGAAAGAAGAUGAGAAUGAGGCGGGGAAGGAGCCUGUGCCACCUGCACCGACGCGUUUUCGUGUACAUUCCUUUUGUAAGACCCUAACUGCCUCGGAUACCAGCACUCAUGGUGGAUUUUCGGUGCUAAGACGACAUGCUGAUGAAUGUCUUCCUCCACUAGACAUGUCACGGCAGCCUCCAACCCAAGAGUUAGUUGCGAAGGAUUUGCAUGGAAAUGAAUGGCGUUUCAGGCAUAUCUUUCGAGGUCAACCACGGCGACACUUGCUUCAAAGUGGUUGGAGCGUCUUUGUGAGCUCUAAAAGGCUUGUUGCUGGGGAUGCUUUUAUAUUUUUAAGAGGUGAGAAUGGGGAGCUUCGUGUUGGAGUAAGACGUGCCAUGAGACAGCAGGGUAAUGUUCCCUCGUCUGUCAUAUCCAGCCACAGUAUGCAUCUUGGUGUCCUUGCAACUGCUUGGCAUGCAUACACGACAGGAACAAUAUUCACAGUCUAUUACAAACCAAGGACAAGCCCUGCUGAAUUCAUUGUUCCAUUUGAACAGUACACUGAAUCAAUUAAGAGCAAUUAUUCCAUAGGGAUGAGGUUCAAAAUGAGAUUUGAAGGUGAAGAAGCUCCAGAACAGAGGUUUACUGGAACCAUUGUUGGGAUUGAAGAAGCUGAUGCCAAAAGGUGGCAAGAUUCUAAAUGGAGAAGCCUCAAGGUACGAUGGGAUGAAAACUCCACCAUUCCUCGUCCAGAGAGAGUGUCACCCUGGAAAAUAGAACCUGCUUUGAGUCCACCCGCGCUAAAUCCCCUUCCAUUGCCCAGACCAAAAAGGCCACGAUCAAAUAUGGUGCCCUCUUCCCCCGAUUCCUCAGUUCUUACAAGGGAAGGUUCAUCUAAGGUGACAAUUGACCCUACACCAGCAAGUGGAUUUUCAAGGGUCUUGCAAGGUCAAGAAUUAUCGACCUUGAGAGGCACUUUUGCAGAGAGUAAUGAGUCGGAUUCUACUGAAAAGCCUGGUUUAUGGCCACCUUCAUUGGAUGAUGAGAAGAUUGAUAUGGUCUGUGCGUCACAAAGAUAUGGAUCAGACAGGUGGUUGCCGUCACCAAGGCCUGAAUCAACAUUCACAGAUCUAUUGUCAGGUUUUGGGACCCAUACUAACUCCUCCCAUGAGUUUUGUACACCCUCAGUUGAUCAAAGUACUGGUGCUGUUAAAUCGAUGAAACUCAACUUACCAGAUCAGGAAGGCAGGUUCAGUUUUCUUCCGAGUAAUUGGUCUGCAAUGCCUUCUGGUCUCUCCCUCAAUUUGUUUGACUCCAGCAUGAAAGCUCAUGUGCAUGGCAGUGAUGUACCUUAUCAUACUCAGGAUGUUAGAUGUGGUGGUUUUGAUGAGUAUUCCUUGCUUCCUGGUCAAAAAGCAGAGCAACAGCAACGAAAUUGGUUAAUGCCUCCGCCACUUUCAUCAUCAUAUUUUCAGAUGCCUGCUCAGUCUGGAGAGCUGAUUUCAAGACCUGUUCUGGUACAACAUGAGGCUGUGAAACCUAAAGAUGGGAACUGCAAACUAUUUGGUAUACCACUCAAUCCUGUUACUGUGGAGCCAACAGUGUCGCAUAAAAAUUCAGCUUUGCCAGCAGGUCAUAUGAAUCUUGUUUCGCACUCACAGCAGUCCCGAUCCUUUGAAUCUGAUCAAAGAUCUGAACAAAUAAAGGGCAUAAACAUGGCAGAUACUUCACAUCCUAGUAGUGAGCAGGAGAAACCAUCCCAAACGUGUCAGCCUCAUAUCAGAGAUCGCCAGAGGAAAGUCCAGGGUGGUUCAACAAGGAGUUGUACAAAGGUCCAUAAGCAGGGGAUUGCUCUUGGUAGGUCUGUGGACCUUACCAAGUUCAAUGACUAUGAGGAAUUGAUUGCUGAAUUGGAUCAGAUAUUUGACUUUAAUGGUGUAUUGAAGGCUCAGAACAAGAAUUGGUUGAUCGUAUAUACUGAUGAUGAGGGUGAUAUGAUGCUUGUUGGAGAUGAUCCUUGGCCGGAAUUUUGUGGCAUGGUUCGUAAGAUCUUCAUCUAUACCAGGGAAGAGGUCCAGCGGAUGAACCCAGGGACCCUGAAUUCCAAGAACGAAGAAUGUUCAUUAGGUGGAGAAUGCAUGGAUGAGAAGGAAGUGAAGAAUCUCUCAUCUCCUUCGGUUUCUAGCCCUAAGAAUUAAAAAUAGGUUCUAUUCCCUUGUGAUCCUACUUGAUUUCGGAUAUAUAGUUUUGCGGAGUUGCUUUUUGCUAAUUUGUUGAGGGGACAUUCAAAAUCGAUUUGAGUUUCAUGCAGAAGAGUCCCUUCAGCAUUUGGGCGGCAUUCUCUCCCUAAUAUAGAUAAGUGCAAUUUUUGGCAAUGUCUUGGAGCUAUAUAUAUAUAUAUAUAGUUAUAUAGUAUUGCGUCUUAUUAUAUAACAUAGGCAAUGGCCAUCCUGCAAUUCCCAAAACCGCUUCCUCCUGUACAGAAGAUCCCUGCAACUUAAGCAUGUAAUUAAGUUUGAUACAUAGCAACAUGGUGUGCCGUUUCUUGGGACUCGGUAGUAUUAUUAUCCAAAUGCAAUGAGCACACACACUAGUUGAUUUUAUU